AUCUAUGGAGAAGUGAGAUGUGUGGGGCUCAGCGCCGAUUUGCAUUGGGAGCCGACUAGUGGCUGGGCGAGGCUCUAUUGUUAUGUUCACAUGUGGCGUCAAGCCAUGAAAGUGAUAUCGCCGAUGAUAAGCCGAAAAGUGGAGGAUCAAGCAGC